CAUGGCGGCGGCGGCGGGUGCUCCUCCGCCGGGUCCGCCGCAGCCGUCUCCGCCGCCGCCGCCCGAAGAGUCGUCCGACAGCGAGCCCGAGGCGGAGCCCGGCUCCCCGCAGAAACUCAUCCGCAAGGUGUCCACGUCGGGCCAGAUCCGUCAGAAGACCAUCAUCAAAGAGGGGAUGCUGACCAAACAGAACAAUUCAUUCCAACGAUCAAAAAGGAGAUACUUUAAGCUUCGAGGACGGACGCUGUACUAUGCCAAAACUGCAAAGUCGAUCAUAUUUGAUGAGGUGGAUCUGACAGAUGCCAGCGUGGCUGAAUCCAGCACCAAAAAUGUCAACAAUAGUUUUACGGUCAUCACUCCAUGUAGGAAGCUCAUUUUGUGUGCUGAUAACAGAAAAGAAAUGGAAGAUUGGAUUGCAGCUCUAAAGACUGUCCAGAACAGGGAGCAUUUUGAGCCCACCCAGUACAGCAUGGACCACUUCUCAGGGACACACAAUUGGUAUGCCUGUUCCCACGCGAGGCCAACCUACUGCAAUGUGUGCCGGGAGGCUCUGUCUGGGGUCACGUCCCACGGGCUGUCCUGCGAAGUGUGCAAAUUUAAGGCUCACAAGCGAUGUGCUGUGCGUGCAACCAACAACUGCAAGUGGACCACGCUGGCAUCUAUUGGGAAGGACAUCAUCGAGGACACAGAUGGGAUUGCCAUGCCCCACCAGUGGCUGGAAGGAAACCUGCCUGUGAGCGCCAAGUGCACGGUGUGUGACAAGACCUGUGGCAGCGUGCUGCGGCUGCAGGACUGGCGCUGCCUCUGGUGCAAGGCCAUGGUGCACACGUCGUGUAAGGAAUCCUUGCUGCCCAAGUGCCCGCUGGGCCUGUGCAAAGUGUCGGUCAUCCCACCCACAGCGCUCAACAGCAUCGACUCUGAUGGGUUCUGGAAGGCCAGCUGUCCUCCAUCUUGCACAAGCCCACUGUUGGUCUUUGUCAAUUCUAAGAGUGGGGACAACCAGGGUGUGAAGUUCCUCAGAAGAUUCAAACAGCUGCUGAACCCUGCCCAGGUCUUUGACCUCAUGAAUGGAGGACCACACCUCGGCUUACGGUUAUUCCAGAAGUUUGACACAUUCCGGAUUCUGGUUUGUGGCGGGGAUGGCAGUGUUGGCUGGGUCCUUUCUGAAAUUGACAGCCUCAACCUUCAUAAACAGUGUCAGCUGGGAGUGCUGCCACUAGGGACAGGGAACGACCUGGCACGCGUGCUGGGCUGGGGCUCGGCCUGUGACGAUGACACCCAGCUGCCCCAGAUCUUGGAGAAGCUGGAAAGAGCCAGCACCAAGAUGCUGGACAGGUGGAGCGUCAUGGCGUACGAGACCAAACUACCCAGGCAGGCCUCCUCCACCGUCACCGAAGACUUCAGCGAGGACUCCGAGGUGCAGCAAAUUCUCUUCUAUGAAGACUCGGUUGCGGCCCAUCUUUCUAAAAUCCUGACCUCGGACCAGCACUCGGUGGUGAUCUCCUCUGCCAAAGUGCUCUGCGAGACGGUUAAGGACUUCGUGGCCCGGGUGGGGAAGGCCUAUGAGAAGACGACCGAGAGCUCAGAGGAGUCGGAGGUCAUGGCCAAGAAGUGCUCUGUCCUGAAGGAGAAGCUGGACUCACUCCUCAAGACCUUGGACGAUGAGUCCCAGGCCUCAUCCUCGCUGCCCAACCCACCCCCGACCAUCGCCGAGGAGGCUGAAGACGGUGACGGGCCAGGCAGCGUCUGUGGCUCCACCGGGGACCGCUCGGUGGCAAUGGCCUGCCCGGCGCGGCCGCAGAUAUUCCGGCCCCGGGAACAGCUCAUGCUGAGGGCCAACAGCCUGAAGAAAGCGAUUCGCCAGAUCAUCGAACACACAGAAAAAGCUGUUGAUGAGCAAAACGCCCAGACGCAAGAGCAGGAGGGGUUCGUGCUGGGUCUCUCUGAGUCGGAGGAGAGGACGGACAACAGGGUGUGCCCGCCGCUGUCCCAGAGUGAGAGCUGUGGAGCCACGAAGGGGAGGAGCCAGCGCAAAGUGUCUAAAGCCCCCUGUGAAAAGCUGAUCAGCAAAGGAAGUUUGUUGCUGGGCAGUUCUGCUUCUCUUCCUCCCCAGCCGGGAAGCCGGGAUGGCCUGCCUGCGCUGAACACCAAGAUCCUGUACCCAAGUGUUCGGGCCGGGAUGUCCGGGUCCUUGCCUGGGGGCUCAGUCAUCAGUCGCUUAUUAAUUAACGCUGAUCCCUUUAACUCCGAACCAGAAAACCUAGAGUGUUAUACAGAGAAAUGUGUCAUGAACAACUAUUUUGGCAUUGGCCUGGAUGCAAAGAUAUCCUUGGACUUUAACAACAAGCGUGACGAGCACCCGGAGAAGUGCAGGAGUCGAACCAAAAACAUGAUGUGGUACGGAGUCCUCGGCACCAAAGAGUUGCUGCACAGAACCUACAGGAACCUGGAGCAAAAGGUCUUGCUGGAGUGCGAUGGACGACCGAUCCCACUGCCCAGUCUUCAGGGAAUUGCCGUCCUCAACAUUCCUAGCUACGCUGGAGGGACCAACUUCUGGGGUGGCACCAAGGAAGAUGAUACUUUCGCAGCUCCAUCAUUCGAUGACAAGAUUCUGGAGGUGGUGGCCGUGUUUGGCAGCAUGCAGAUGGCUGUCUCUCGAGUCAUCAAGCUGCAGCAUCACCGAAUCGCACAGUGUCGCACGGUGAAGAUUUCCAUCCUGGGGGAUGAGGGCGUACCUGUGCAGGUGGAUGGAGAGGCUUGGAUCCAGCCCCCGGGGUACAUCCGCAUUGUCCACAAGAACCGGGCGCAGACGCUGACCAGAGACAGGGCGUUUGAGAACACCUUGAAGUCCUGGGAAGACAAGCAGAAGUGCGAGCUGCCCCGCCCGACGUCCUUCUCUCUGCACCCAGAGAUGCUGUCUGAGGAAGAAGCCACCCAGAUGGACCAGUUUGGGCAGGCGGCCGGGGUCCUCAUUCACAGUAUCCGGGAGAUCGCUCAGUCCCACCGAGAUGUGGAGCAGGAGCUCGCGCACGCCGUCAACGCCAGCUCCAAGUCCAUGGACCGAGUGUACGGCAAGCCCAGGACCGUGGAGGGACUGAACUGCAGCUUUGUCCUGGAAAUGGUGAACAACUUCAGAGCUCUGCGCAGCGAGACGGAGCUGCUGCUGGCCGGGAAGAUGGCCCUGCAGUUGGAUCCCCCCCAGAAGGAGCGGCUGGGGAGCGCUCUCGCCGAGAUGGACCGGCAGCUCAGGAAGCUGACGGACACGCCCUGGCUCUGCCAGCUCAUGGAGCCCGGUGACGAUGAGAAUGUGAUGUUGGACUUUUCCAAACGCAGCCGCAGUGGUAAAUUCCGCCUCGUGACCAAGUUUAAAAAGGAGAAAAACAACAAGAACAAAGAAGCUCACUGUAGCCUGGGCGCCCCGGUUCACCUCUGGGGGACAGAGGAGGUUGCUGCCUGGCUGGAGCACCUCAGUCUCUGUGAGUAUAAGGACAUCUUCACGCGGCACGACAUCCGGGGCUCUGAGCUCCUGCACCUGGAGCGGAGGGACCUCAAGGACCUCGGCGUGACCAAAGUGGGCCACAUGAAGAGGAUCCUCUGUGGGAUCAAGGAGCUGAGCCGGAGCAGCGCUGCCACCGAGGCCUAGCCUCCGCCUUCUCGGCCUGCGUCCCCCGCUCCGCCCGCCACUGAGGCCCGGCCGGUGCUGCCGCCACGCAGCCGCCCCUCCUAUGGUGCUACUCCCUCCGCCAGCCCCCCGCACCCGAACCUAGCAGCUCCGGGCUCGAACACACCAACACAGCUACCUUCGAGACGCCGCCUCCAGCUCGGAGUCCCCUGGGGCAGACGCGUCACGCCCACCCUGGCCCUCGCUGACCUGCAUCGAGGGCCACGGGGGACCCUGGCAGGGUCUGGCCUCCCGGGCACCGGGCACUCCUGCAGAAACCGCCUGGCCACGUGCUUGAGUCACCCCGGGGCCUCCUCCCUGUGUGUCCUUCCACGGCCGCGUCGCAGGGCUCUGUCUCCUGGCCCCGCGGGCGCAGAGCGUGGUUAGGGCCCAGCCGGCGGCCGUCCCAUGGCAGACCGGCCCGUCCUGGGCUCUCCCUGGCGCCCCGCCAGGCAGCCCCGCUGUCGUCCCUGUUCAUCGAUAAGGUGUUCUUGGAAACAAAGUCCGCCUCUUUCCCGGUUUGAAAGUGGCAUGGAUGUAUUUCCAGUACUGUCUAUUUUAAUUUGACAUGAAGAGAAAGAGCAAAAUCUUUCCUGUUGAAGCCAAGUCAGUGGUCUCCUGUCCCUGAGCUGCCGAACCUGCCUCCCCGUUUGCCUCAGGGCCCUGUGGUCACCUCGCUGCCUAUUCUGAGCUGUGGGCUGGGGACACGCUCCCGCGUGUCCCGCAGGAUGCCACAGGCUUCUGGAGGCCAGCUUGGGGCCGUGAGUGACACAGGUCUCCAGGCCGUCUCCGCGGAGGGAGGGUGUGCGCGUUAGUUGUGUUUCCGUGUGGAAGCGGCUUCCCGGGCUCCGGGAACCUCUGCCUGUCCUGCGGGUCCCAGGCCGAGCCCCGGGGGCAGGAGGCAUCUGGGCCCUCGUUCCCGUUGGGUGGCCGGGGGCUGGUGCUGUCUUGAGAGUCUCUGCCCCUGUGGUGGCUUUUUGUUUCCUGCUGCCAGGCCUGCUGUCCCUGGAGGUGUUGGCGGGGACUGUGACCCAGUGCCCACACUGCUCCCGCUUUGCCUCUGUCCCCAGGUGUGAGCUCCAGCCCGCCGGCAGGGCCAGCAGAUGGCAGUGCCAGCGGCCGGGGAGCACCCCCAGGGAGAGGGCUGCACCCCGGGGACCGUCCCCAGGUGGAGGGCACCCCUGGGCGUCACAGGCCCUGACCGCCCUUCCCUUUCAGAGGUGGCUGUCCUUCACAGGGGCUCGUAACGCGUCUCAGAAUGUGUCCCAUGCCCAGCCCUGGUGCGGACGCGGCUGUGGCCUGGCUGCCAGGCUGGCGGAGUCAGGAGCGUGUGUGGCCGUCCGGCCCUUCCAUUUGUGUCGGCCCAGCUGACACGAGAGGAAGCCGCGGAGCCACCCGGGCGUCACACACAGGCGCCUGCAGAGCCUCUGGGUUCGGGGCUGGGGCUGGGGCUGGGUAGCGCAUCAGCUCCACUUCCUUCCCGGCCGUCUCCGUUCCCGUCCUCCGUGUGCACCGGGUGGGCCCCGCCUCUGUGGCUUGGGGGCACGUCCCAGGCCCAUCAGUCCACUGUCGCGGCCACCUGUCCCUGCAUGUGAGGUGUUGGCGUUAGGAUUUUUGGGUGAGAGAGUCUCAUCCUCUGUGGACUUUGCUGCCUCACUGGAAGUAAUGCUGGGUGGGGGAUGGUGUGUGUCACCUUCCCCCUGGGAUUCUGUGUCCCUCAGCCCAGCCAUUGGAGGUGGCGGAGGUGGAGGAAGGGAGAAGCUAGCCACAGGCCACUCGACUGCCAGGUGGGGAGGCCGAGGCGGGUGUGGAAGCCUGUCUCGCAGUCCCAGCACGGCCGGCAGCCUGGGGCUCUGCAGUGCCCAGAGCAAGCCCUGGGACAACGUGGGACUUGGGUGAGGAGGGGACACGAGGAGGAAAGCUGCCAGCGGUGGCUUCUGGGGCACCAGGGCCACCCCAAGUCCUUGGUGUCCUCUUGGGAAAGUUUUGGGUUUGGGGCAAGGGUGGCAUUGAAAAUUAACAUGUUGUCAGUGAUUAAAACGGCACUGUUUACAUAAAAAACAUUUUUCUAAUUCUAACAAGUUAGAAGUGAAAAGGAAUGAGCAUGAAUGUUCAGGAAACCGCCUGUCGGGUGCUGGGCUGGCAUCCCCACACUGUGGUGGUGUCCUUCCUUGCCCUGUGUCCCCUUGCGGAGUUCUGGAUGGGACUCAAGGUCCUGUCCACGUAGAGGAGGAAGGAAGGAUUCCUGGAGAGUCUCGGAGAAAAGGUUUUGUGCCCUCAGGUGGGGCUUAACCCUCGUAUUUAUAACCUUAAUUUAUACAGUGAGCGCCGUGGAAGCAAAUGCCUCUUGUAUUGUUAUGUACAUAGUCCACGCCUGAAUGCUGUACAUACGUUCUGUGUAUAAAUAAAACAAGCCUGUUUUUGAUCUUC